AUGGCUGAGAAACAGGGCUUAUCUGAAAAGGACAAGAUGCUCCGGGGUGAGCUGUACCAUGCUUUCACCCCGGAUCUAGAGGCGGAGAGGGCGCGAUGUAAAAGCGCUUGUGAUAGAUUCAACAAUGCCGGCGAUGUAUCUCGACGACGACGGGUGCAGCUUUGGAGAGACAUCGUCCAAGAUGAACGCCCCAUGCCACCUCCGGCGGAAGAUCCUGUAGCUGACGAUCGGCUCUUCGAAGAUGAUCCUUGGGUCGAGGCUCCCAUUCGGACGGAUUAUGGGUACAACGUGAAGCUUGGAAAGGGUGUCUUUGUCAACUUCAAUUGCGUGAUCAUCGACACCUGCCCGAUAACAAUUGGGGCUAGAACGCUGUUAGGGCCCUGCGUAAACCUCUAUAGUGGAACUCACCCCCUGGACCCGGCACUCAGGAAUGGAACGAAAGGGCCAGAGCUAGGAAGUGAAAUCCAUAUCGGGGAAGAUUGCUGGAUCGGAGGUAAUGUGGUCAUUUUGCCCGGAGUCACCAUUGGAAAAGGGGUGACAAUUGGGGCUGGCAGUGUUGUUACUAAGGACAUCCCGCCAUUUCACGUUGCAGCUGGAAAUCCUGCAAGAAUUCUCCGCCGUAUAGAAACCGCGAUGGCGGACGCCCAAGAAUAGUGCUGUCGUAUCUUGAGGAUGGGCAUCAUAUAUCAAGAACCAACCUUGUACAUGUGUUAGAAAAUUUUGAUGUUCUUCAGCAGUGGAGUAGAUAUCGCAUACCAUGCCGGAAAAAUCCACUGCGGGUACAUUUUGCCGAACAUACUCUACUAGAAUUGAGGCAGAAGAGCAUUGAGCGACACCAACAAUGCAUACUCUGGGAACACCCACAGCUGCGGACAACUGUGUCUCUGAGCCUUUCGGUAGGCACACCAGCCUAAUUUUCUGCUCAGGGGGUAGCGUCUGGGAUGCGGAUGCAACGAGAGAAGACAAAGGGGCAAGGAGGCUGACAGGUAAAAUGGAACGGCAGACAAACACAGCAACAAGCUUGCUUGGUUUUCCGGCUUGCUUGCGGUCUAUUUUCUCAGUUGCCAUUUCAGAAAGAGAUUCGUUUAUAGCAGCAGAUGGGACUUUGCACAUUGUUUCAAGGGCUCGAGCUGUAGAAUUGAAGCCCACCGUAAGGUGCUUUGAUAUGUCCG